ACGUCCUAGUGAUUGUUGCUACAUGAAGGUUUAUUUUGCUUUUUGCCGUCAYAAAAUGGCAUGAAAUUGUUGAUUGUAAACAUGAAGCACAAGGUUACAGUAAGAUUCGGUCCCUACGUAUCGUGUGGUUUAUUAGAGCAUAGGACGGCAAGACUUGAAGGCCUUCAAGAAAUGCUACUCAGUGAUAGCCACACUGUAGACUUCAUUAAAAUCCCUGACAGAGACCAUGUAGAGCUUGUGGUACAUGGAGAGGUUGUAUUUACUUGUAAGAUACAGGAUUUGCAGUAUGGUGGUGAUGGCAAACUUGAUCCCCUAUGUCAUAAAGCACUGGAAGCUGUGAGAAAAGCGUAUUAGAUUGUUGUACAAAGUGUUCCAAAAAUAUAAAUAAGAAUUUUGUUAUUAAAAUUGCAUUAUUAUAUUAUUAUAUGGAAAUUACGGUGCAAUCUAACCUGCGUAGCCACGUGUUCCUAGCAGCUCCAAAGUAGUUAGGGUCUCUCUCUCGGAGCAGCUAGGAAUGCCUGGCUAUGCAGGCUAGGUGCAAUCUUGAUUAGGAAAUUGAGUUUUUAGUAUUGCAUACAGAUUCAUAGCACUCCACCCAUGAAAUACAUGUUUUUAUUUUUAAUGUGUUUUUUUUUUCUUCAAAUUAUCUGAUGCAAACACUAAAGCCUUCACACUACUAAUGCAAGCAAUACAAACACAAGAGCAAACACAAGAAAUGAAACUUUUAUUUUCUUGCACUUGCAUCUGCUUUGCUCGUGUGUACCAGGCUCAAAGGCAUGAAAAAGUACCAAGCAAAUAGUACCAAAUUUCUCUAGUGAUAUUAUGACAAGUAGCAUAAUUUGUGUUUGAACUCUCUUACAAUAACAUUUGGGUGAUGUUCAACGGUUUUAAGUGUAACAACUCUGKUCUUGAGAAAGGCAUAAAAUUACACAAUUCAUCAUUUGUAUCAAACAUUACUUUCUUUA